AUGGUUAACCUAUCAUCCGCCUUAGUGGUACUGAGUAUAUCAUGCCUAGGUGCGGCUCAUCCUGGUGAGCACCACGAUCACGAGAAGGUGAAGCGUGAGGCUGAGGCGCAUCAUGUCGCCCAGCAGCACAUGGCGCGGGCUCUCGAAGCGUGCUCCAGCUCUGCUUCUUUCCAGGCUCUCAAGCAGCGCAGCAUUGAGCGUCGCACGGCACUUGCUCAUACGCUUCGCAAGAAGCGUGACAUUUCUUCAAAGCCCAUUUACGGCAAGCGAGAUUUGGCCGCUCUCGAGACCUGGAUGGCGAGCAACCACAAUAUGACCGGCACUUCCGAUUACACUACAAACACUCCCGCCGACAUUCUCUUUAGUGGCAAUGCUACCUGUGCCUUGACUGAUGAAACGGUCCUCGGGCCAUACUACGUCACGGGGGAGCUGAUUCGAUCGGACAUCUCAGAGGAUCAAGCCGGCGUGCCUUUCUACUUGGAUGUUCAGUUUGUCAACUAUAGCGACUGUUCCGCCAUUCAUAACAUGGUUGCCGAUAUCUGGCAUUGUAAUGCCACCGGGGUCUACUCGGGUGUCACGGCUUCGGGCCAGGCAGGACUCGGCAGCACAUUUCUGCGCGGUGCGCAGAUUAGUGAUGAGGACGGCGUCGCGCAAUUCGAAACCAUCUUCCCGGGUCACUACGCUGGCAGAGCCACGCAUAUUCAUGUCGUGUCUACCGAAAACGCGACCAUUCGGGAGAACGCCACGUACACUGAUGGCGUUGCCACUCACGUCGGCCAGUUGUUUUUCGACCAAGGUCUGAUCAGUGCGGUCGAGGCGUCUGCGCCAUACACUGAUAAUACGGCAGCCAUCACUGAGAAUGUGGACGACGAUAUCGCCCAAAGCGCAUCGACUGCUGAUUACGACCCCUUUAUGGAUUAUGCCCUGCUCGGUAACACACAGUCAGACGGUAUCUUGGCAUGGAUUACCAUUGGCAUCAACACUACUGCCAACUAUUCCGAUAUAGUCGUUGGAGCCGCCGAGCACUAUGCCGACUAUGAUGUCGACACGAGCGAUCAAAUUGGCGAGGGUCAGAUUGGUGCAGCUCCCAGCGGUGGGGCGCCCUCCGGCUUCAGCACCGGCACAGACACCGCCACGGUUUCUAGCACUGCCUCAUCCACUGAGAGCAGUGCUUCGGCCACAUCAUCGACCUCGACAAGUUCCGGUCGCCGUGCCUGCGGGCACCCACUAGGCUUCCUACAUUGGUAG